AUGACCACCCUGUUGCAUGAAGAAAGCACCUCACCAGCAGAAGAUGAAGCAACCCCGAUUCUGGUCAAGUGGGAUGAAAAUGAGCCCGCCAAUCCAUUCAACUGGUCCACGCCGUAUAGGGCCUUCAUCACCCUGCAAUUGGGUCUGAUUGCCAUGGCAGCCAGUGUGGGAUCAAGCAUAAUGGCUCCUACAGAACCGACGCUUCAGGAGGUCUUUCACAUCAGCCACGAGGUUUCAGUCCUCUGCAUCUCGCUUUACAUUCUGGGAUUCGCAUUUGGGCCGCUUUGCUGGGCGCCCAUCUCGGAGCUAUGGGGUCGGCGUGUGUCUCUAAUUUUCCCAAUGCUUGCAGUCGGGUUAUUCUCGAUAGGCACGGCCACGAGUCAAAACAUCCAGUCGGUUCUGAUAACGAGGUAUUUCAGUGGACUAUUUGCCUCUUCGCCGGUGAGCAACGUGGGAGCAAUCAUGGGCGACAUUUGGCCCCCGAAAGUUCGCGGCACGGCCGUGGUGUUUUAUGCCCUUGCAGUCGUCGGCGGUCCUACUCUGGGUCCUGUUAUCGGUGCGGCCCUGGUGGUGAAUCCUCACCUCGGCUGGCGUUGGACCGAGUACAUCCAGGCCAUCUGGACAUUCACGGUUACGACCAUCAUCCUGAUCUUCUUGCCAGAGACUUAUGCCCCUGUGUUGUUGAAGAGAAAGGCACAGCGCUUGCGUAAAGAGACGGGAAACCAGGCCUACUACCAUCCUCACGAAAUGACCAAGCUUUCGCCCAAAAUCAUCGUCACCAAGCAUCUCUCUCGCCCUCUCCGCAUGCUCUUUACCGAGCCAAUGGUGACGUGCAUAGCAUUAUACGCGUCUUUCGUCUACGGCCUGCUGUAUAUGACCUUGGAGGUGUUCCCCAUUGUCUUUGCACAAAACCGGGGAUGGAGUCUGGUACAUAGCUCGUUGCCGUUCUUGGCGCUUUUGACCGGCGUGGGUUGCGCCAUGCUUGUCAACCUGGCAAAUCAGCCACGAUACGCAAGGCUCGUCGAUGCCGCGGGAGGAAAGCCUGUACCAGAAGCACGGUGCGCCCCAAUGGCUGUGGGCGGCGUUGUCUUUGCCAUUGGCUUAUUCUGGUUUGGCUGGACGGCGGAUCCGAAGAUACCUUGGAUUGUGCCCGUAUUGGCGGCCGUCUUCAUUGGAGCUGGCUUCAACAUCAUCUUCCAGCAAUGCAUCAACUUCCUCGUCGAUACGUAUCGCUUAUAUGCUGCAAGUGCGACAUCAGCCAAUACACUUCUAAGAAGCGCUUUGGCAGCCUCGUUUCCGUUGGCGGCUACGCCCAUGUUCCACAACUUGGGGGUUGGUCCCGCGAUGUCUCUGCUGGGAGGUAUUGCAGUCAUUGCCAUUCCCGUGCCUUUUUUGUUUAUGAAGUAUGGCCUCGCUCUGAGAAAGAUGUCCAAGUUUGCGCCAGUAGACGAGACACCAAGCAAAGAGAAUAGAGCAUAA